AUGGAUGCCUCCAAAAAUGUGGAUGCCUCUUUCAUACCGUCAAUCAACCCUUUCCUGUAUUUGGAGUCAGACAGUGGCGAACCGCCACAAAUUGAGGGCAUGGAUGCCUCAACACGAGUGUCAGUUUCGCCACUGUCAAUUAUAGAAAUAUGCUCCAUCUCAGCGUGGGAGACGACGGGGCCAAUGGAAAUAACACUACGUAAGAAAACAAAGGAACAAAUAAGUCCAGGCCUGCUCGGUUCAGGCAGUAAACGUCUCAUGGAGAGUUUUUUGGGCCAGCCUAGUACCUCUGAAAAACCAACUGUAAUGAUAACUGAAGACAAGUCAUCCAAGAAUACAUCAGAAGGAAACAAUAUUGAAACGCCGAGUCCACCCAAAAAGAAGAGGUCAACAAUAAAGGCCUCUCAAAGAAGUUCUGAUAAGGAUUUUUUAAGUGAUGGUGGGGCUCGUCCAUCUGGCUCCACCAGCAGCAAAUGGGAUUCUCGGAUUAUACGACGGAAAAUCAAACUGGAAAAUGCUGCCUCAGAUGAGAACCAAACUGAUAUCACAAUUUAUUUCGAAGCAAUUGAUCAACUAGGCUAUCUUUCAAAAACAAAUAUGCUCUUAUCCGAACAUCUUCGUGCUUUAUGUGACAAAAACCGGAGCUUGCAAGCGAUCCAUAAUAAUUCAUCCCCAUAUAAAGAAGCCGAACCACUUUUGAAAAAAAUGUUGCAGCAGUCCGUUUCGCAGAGUAAGAAAAAAUCGAAUGGAUACAGAUACAUGGACCAGGCUUUAAAUAACUUCUGCCCCAACACCUAUAUUCUCGGAGGAAGAUGGCUUUAUAAAAUUGUCCAUGGCAAUUUUAAAGGAGUGUUCCCUUCUCCUCGGAAGAUGGGUAAGAGACUUGCCAAACAUCAAACCUUUAUUCCAGAAGGUGUUGUAAACGUAGAAGGACUAAAAGAAUACUUGACUUUACAUAACUUGCCAAUGAUGGUUUCCUUGAGUGAGGAUGCUACAGGCUGUGGGAAAAGACAGUACAACAGUACGACUAACUCGAUUUAUGGAUUUAGCCUCCCGUUGCAGCCUAAUGGUCUCCCUAACUGGAAAGAUUCCGUGAUUAACAGUGCCCUUGAUGCAGUUCGUAUGUUUUCAACAUACAAAAGGGCGACUGUGUUAAUCGUUGUUAUGGCCCAGCCGAUGGGAGACGGCAUUCCCCCGAUACGGAUUUGCUCAUUUGGUAGUGAUAAUACCUUUAAGACGACAGACGUUAAACACAGGCUCCAAACAAUUGUGUCCCUCUUGAAGACAGAGGGAAUUAUUGUGCUAACUUACAGUGCCGAUGGCGACUGA